AAGUUUAAGUUGGAAAAAAUAGCCGCACGCUUGAACACUCAGUGAGUGAAAACGUACACAUUUUAAAAAAGAAAAUUACAUUUUUUCACAACACCUCAGCCGUACUUUUAUUUUGGGCUGACUGGUUCUAUAAAGACCAGCAGUUAGGUUAUUCGCAGAGCUAAAGUGGACCCCCGAGAAGAAUAUCCUGGAGCGCUCUGGGUGGGCGGGGCUAAGGUGAGAGCACCUGAAACAGGUGAAGCUGCGUCAGUUUACAGAGAGUCGUCAACGACGUUGGAGCGUCGCUGCUGCUUAACAGGAGUGGAUGCAGUUGUAGCGAACGAGAACCAUAGAUUGCAUUUUUUUUUUUUUUUAAAAAAAAGCUGGCACACAUACCUUUUAAGAGUAUGAACUUCCAUGGCACUACUGAAAAUACCUUCACUGGAGAAUGCAAAAGAACACAGCUUCAAGUAUUAAUCCCCAAACAGAGACAUGAUGGAUGUGAAAAGAUUUAAAGAAUACAUAUCCUGGCUUUACUACCAGUAUCUCUUGGUCACCUGCAGCUAUGUGUUGGAGCCAUGGGAGCAGUCCAUUUUCAACACCGUAUUGCUGACAGUGGUUGCCAUGGUGGUUUACACAGCUUAUGUCUUUAUCCCCAUCCAUAUACGCCUGGCCCUCGAGUUCUUCUCCAGUUUGUGUGGUGGACAGCAUGAAAGUACUGUUGCCAUAAUUAGCUAACCCAGAUUGUUGUGCUGCAGAAGAUGCCAGCUUUAAUGCCUGUAUUUUAGUAAUAUUGACAGAAACACAUUUUAUGCUAAACUGAGGCUCAUAUUUGUGAUACUUUUCUGACAUAGUACCUCCUCCACUUAGCGCUCCUUCAGUCUGAUGUCUUAGUUUAGCAGACAUUGAGCCAGCCCAUUUAAAUGUCAUGUCCACUUUGAUUUUGAGAAGAGCACUCUAUUAUUGCAAAAACAAAACAGUAUUUUUAGUGGAUUUUUUUUUUUUUUGCAUAAAACACUUGUGUGUAUCAGUUACCUACAGUAUAUUGCACCUUCAAUUUCUGUGAUAAAUUUAAAUACAUUGCUUAUUGUGCUUCAGAUGUUUUUACCUUGUAAUAUUAUGCAGCAUAGGGUUUGCUUUUAAUUCAGUGUUGGAACAGAAAGCUACAAAUCUGAGCCAAUGUUUCAUUCUUGCACAGAAGAUACAUAGACAGCAUGAAAACUCUUUUUAAACACCUGCUAGUUAAACAAUGAUGAAUGUUACAGCUGGAUUUAUUGUAAUAUCAUUUUGAACUAAAAAUGAAUAGUGUGAAUGAAUCCAUGUCUCAUUCAGGCUUUGCUGAUAACUCAAGCUCUUCUCCAUGGAACAUUUUCAUCACCAUCUUAUUUCUGUUUCUGAACCAAAUGUUACAGAUUAAGUAUCCUAAUGAACGAACUUUCUAGACUACUGGAACUUUACUCUCGCUGUGAAUGGUGGGAAAAAUUUAAAUACGUUUUGUGCUUUUUCUAGCACCUGAAAUGGCUUGUUCAUCUAAAUAUAUGCAUGUUACUAUAUGAAGGUUUCAUUUGAUUGUAUCUUUGCAAAAGUUACAUGAAUAGUUACCUGAAUAGAAACUAGUAAUCUGACUGGUUUAAUGUAAAUAUUUGCAAUAAGGUAUGCACACAGAAAUUCUGUACAUAUUGUAAAUUUCAUUUUGUUUGAACCCUGCACCACCGACGGCAGUGCACUGAACAGUGGGCUCUAUUAUUAAUAAACUCACUGGGAUAAGUUUUCUGCAUGGUGUACUGUUUGUGUAAAUUAACUCCUUUUCAGACAGUGUGCCCAGAUUGCAGAUAUUCAGUCAGUCCAAGAUGAAUUAAUGUUUUUCAAAUCUUGUAUGUAAUAUUUAUUGUGUAUAAAAAAGCCUAUUCCCAUCAACUUUGUUUUACCCACUGAUUGAUUGUAAACUGCAAAACUCAAAACUGGGUUGAAGCAUAUAUCUUCUAAAAUUGUGUAGUUUUAGAAUGCACUGUUUACAGUAUAUUUUGCAUUUUCAUAUUUAAAUAAAAAUUAAGGAAUAAAAUGUA